CGCCUGCGCAGUGCGGGCGGCGGCGCCGGGCGGCGCAUGCGCGCGGGCGGGGCGGCGGGGCGCGGGCCAUGGCGGGCGGCGGGGCGCUGCGGGUGGCCGUGGCCGCCGUGCUGCUGGCGGGCUGGGGCGCCCACGCCCUCUACUUCCACAUCGGCGAGACCGAGAAGCGCUGCUUCAUCGAGGAGAUCCCGGACGAGACCAUGGUCAUCGGGAACUACCGGACGCAGCUGUGGGACAAGCAGUCGGAGUCAUUCCUGCCCUCCACGCCGGGGCUGGGCAUGCACGUGGAGGUGAAGGACCCCGACGGCAAGGUGAUCUUGUCGCGGCAGUACGGCUCGGAGGGGCGCUUCACCUUCACCUCGCACACGCCGGGCGAGCACCAGAUCUGCCUCCACUCCAACUCCACCCGCAUGGCGCUUUUCGCUGGCGGCAAGCUGCGGGUGCACCUGGACAUCCAGGUGGGGGAACACACCAACAACUACCCCGAAAUCGCCGCCAAGGACAAGCUGACGGAGCUGCAGCUCCGGGCGCGCCAGCUCCUCGACCAGGUGGAGCAGAUCCAGAAGGAGCAGAACUACCAGCGGUACCGCGAGGAGCGCUUCCGCAUGACGAGCGAGAGCACCAACCAGCGGGUGCUGUGGUGGUCCAUCGCCCAAACCAUCAUCCUCAUCCUCACCGGCAUCUGGCAGAUGCGUCACCUCAAGAGCUUCUUCGAGGCCAAGAAGCUGGUGUAGCCUGGCGGGGGCCGCCGCGCCCCCCCGCUCUUUGUGCACUUCACAGCUCAAUAAACGCUGGGGGGGCUCUAA